AUGACUACAUUCAGGACAUUGAUUCCUUGCGCGCUUUUUGCCUCCGGAACAGCUUUCCAGUCGGUGGCUAGCUAUAAUAUAUCGGAUGCUUCGACUGCAUGCGAGAUCUUGAAAAACACUUACCCGAAUAUCACCUACCUCCCAGAGGAUGCAGGUUAUGCAGACGAGAAUCAGGUAUCUUGGGAUUCCUCCGCUUGGCUCGGCCCAGCAUGUAUAUUCGCACCAACAUGUGCAACCUCGCUCUCGUUUGCUGUCAAAACGUUUGUCGCUACCCACACGAAGUUCGCCAUGCGGGGCGGCGGCCACAUGCCCAUUCCAGAUGCUGCAAACAUUAACAAUACUGGCGUAUUGAUUUCAAGCACCAAUUUGAACACUUUGAAGCUGUCUCAAGAUGGAGAGACGAUGAGCAUCGGGCCAGGACCGCGAUGGGGAGACGUCUUCAACUACUUGGAAUUCACCAACAAGACUGUCAUAGGUGGUCGCCUGGCACCUGUCGGAGUGCCCGGCUUGCUCCUUGGUGGUGGUAUCAGUUGGUAUAGUGUCAAGCAUGGCUUGGCUUCGUCUGAGGGAAAGAUCAAGGCAUACGAGGCAGUCCUCGCAGAUGGUACAAUUGCUAUCAUCACUGCUAACAGCACUUACUCCGACCUUUACUGGGCUCUCGGUGGCGGUGCAAACUCCUUCGCGCUGAUAACGCGUUUCGACCUACAAACCUUUCCAUCAAUCACCCCUCUCAUCGCAGACGCCCAUUAUGGCUCAAGCAACGUUACUCGAGACGCCUAUCUCGCCGCCGUCCUGAACAUGGCUCUGACCAAUGAAGAAGAUCUGGCCUCGACCAUCAUCCCCGUGUGCCGCUGGGGCCCCGGCUCCACCGCACCCUCUUAUGAAAGUACACUUUUCCAUAAUGGCACUUCCAUACCAACUUCUGGCCCCUUGGCCGAGUUUAUCCACGGCAACACUACAGGUCUCACGGCUCUCAACGGCACAGCGACAAUGCGCUCUAUCUCGCUAGCACAAUAUGGCCGUGCCAUGCGCUCAGCUUUCAGAGAAGGCGGUCAAUCUCACGGCUUGCGCCAGAAAUUCCGCGUCGUCUCCAUGAAAGCGACGGCCGAAAACCUUGCAAUUGCACACGACACUUUCUUCGACUCGCUAGCUGCUUCUAAUCUCGCAAACAAAGUUCCCGAAUUCUUCGCGGGUCUCGACUUCAAUAUUGUGAACCGCGAGAUGGUUGAGAGAUCAGCAGGGCUGCCGCAGAACAUCCCAUUAGAACCGACGUUUUGGGUCGAGGAGGCGAUCAGUUGGGGAAGUGGUGGGGAAUUCGAUAACGAGGUUGCUGAGUGGGUCAAGAAUGUGAAUGUAGAAAUGGAGAGGAAGCUGAAAGAGGUCAACGGGUUAAACAGGUACGUGUAUUUGAAUGAUGCGGAUAAGGGCCAGAAGGUGUUCGAGGGUUAUGGUGGUGAAAGCGUGGAAAGAUUGAAGACUGUGAGGGCGAAGUAUGAUCCCGAGAGGGUUUUUACGGAUUUGAUGCCAGGUGGUUGGAAAGUUGAGCAUGUGGAGCUGUAG